AUGUCUUCAGUUUGCAACCGAGGUACGACAGCAGAAGUAGCCUGUACAAGACAAUAUCCUGACUUGUUUAAAUGUCAAAGACCCACUGAGAUCAGUUUGCAACCGAGGUACGACAGCAGAAUCCUGUCAGACCCACUGAGAUCAGUUUGCAACCGAGGUACGACAGCAGAAGUAGCCUGUACAAGACAAUAUCCUGACUCCUGUUUAAAUGUCAGGUCAGACCCACUGAGAUCAGUUUGCAACCGAGGUACGACAGCAGAAGUAGCCUGUACAAGACAAUAUCCUGACUCCUGUUUAAAUGUCAGGUCAGACCCACUGAGAUCAGUUUGCAACCGAGGUACGACAGCAGAAGUAGCCUGUACAAGACAAUAUCCUGAAAAUGUCAGGUCAGGUCAGACCCAGGUCAGACCCACUGAGAUCAGUUUGCAACCAGGUACGACAGCAGAAGUAGCCUGUACAAGCCAAUAUCCUGACUCCUGUUUAAAUGUCAGGUCAGACCCACUGAGAUCAGUUUGCAACCGAGGUACGGCAGCAGAAGUAGCCUGUACAAGACAAUAUCCUGAAUCCUGUUUAAAUGUCAGGUCAGACCCACUGAGAUCAGUUUGCAACCGAGGUACGACAGCAGAAGUAGCCUGUACAAGACAAUAUCCUGACUCCUGUUUAAAUGUCAGGUCAGACCCACUGAGAACAGUUUGCGACCGAGGUACGGCAGCAGAAGUAGCCUGUACAAGACAAUAUCCUGAAUCCUAUUUAAAUGUCAGGUCAGACCCACUGAGAUCAGUUUGCAACCGAGGUCAGACAACACUGAGAUCAGUUUCCAACCGAGGUACGACAGCAGAAGUAGCCUGUACAAGACAAUAUCCUGACUCCUGUUUAAAUGUCAGGUCAGACCCACUGAGCCAACCGAGGUACGACAGCAGAAGUAGCCUGUACAAGACAAUAUCCUGA